GCGCCCGGGGCGCUGGGCUGCAGCCGAGCAGUCCCGGUGCCGGCAGGAUGGGCUGCGGGGGGAGCCGAGCCGAUGCCAUCGAGCCGCGCUACUACGAGAGCUGGACCCGCGAGACCGAGUCCACCUGGCUGACGAACACCGACACCGAGCCCCCGCCGCCGGCCUGCGGCCACGAGAGCACCCGCGCCGAGGCCGGACUGCGGGACCAGGGCGCGCCGCACCCGG